AUGGCUACGAAUAAUCUAGAUGAGAACUCCAUUGGAAGAUUCCCAGACAGACUGCAGCUGGACACAGACACUGGAUCUCUCAGCAUUCGAGAUCUCACCCUCAACAACUCUGGAGUUUAUCAGCUAGACAUUUUCAAUACACACAAAACAUCUCAGAGAUUCUAUCUAACUGUCUAUGCUCCAGUACCACUUCCUCAAGUCAGAAAAAUCCCUCAAGGUGAUUUUCUGGACAGUUCAUCAGAGAAGGGGAGCUGUUCAGUGGUGUGUUCUGUGGAGAACCGGAGAGACAUGACCCUGUCCUGGUACAGAGGAGAGAAGAGACUCAACCAGACCAGCAGCCCUGACCUCUCCACCAACCUGUCUCUCCCUCUGGAGAUAAAGCUACAGGACAACAAUAUCUACAGCUGUGUGGCUGCCAACCCAGUCAGCAACCAGACAACCAAACUCAACAUUGAAACACUCUGCCUUCAGUUUGUAGAAUCUGUGUAUUUUGACCUACAACACAAAUGCGCAUCAUGACUUCAACAAUGAAGGCAACUUGGAAUGUACCGGAUCCUCCUAUGCGAUCAUCCUCUUUCCCGACCCUUCACACCUUCACCACCCUUCUCUUCAGACCUAUGGCUGACACCUUUAGUCUCUCUCUCUUUCUUUCCAUCCCCUCGAUACAGAUCUCUUGAUCCAUCCUCUGGCUGCAUUUUAAAAUGGCUCCUGUCUGAGUUGUAACACAGUAGCAUCAAAGAAGUGCAAGUUCUGUGGUGCAAUAACCCAGCUAAAGGUCACAGGCAACAGAUGAAUGGGCAAAUAAGAACAUGAAACAUGGAAGAUAUGCAUCCUUGGUUAAUGCAGCAAACAAGCUGGUACAUAGGUUCCACAAGUUAUGAGUGUACCCCCUGCUACUCUUCAGCAAGAGGAAGAAGGAUAACAUUUUGUUGUGAACUGCACUGUGUCCUCACAGUUGUAUGAUGAAUCGGACCUCAAUGGCAGCAAUCCAAAUGUUGUAUGAGGCAAUUAUGAAAGUGGCAAUCAACACCCAUGCCCCCAAACUACAACCCUCCUCCUGUUGCUGCCUAAGAACUGUCUGAUACAAUUGCCCCCCAGGAGACCAGCUACAGCCUUAUCCUCAACCAGGUUGAACCCCCAAUAAUCCCCACCACCCAGGAGACCAGCUACACCCAAACCGAACCAAAGAAGACUGGGAGAAAGAUGAGGAGAAAGUCUACUGCCGGUACAGAGCACAGAACACAGCCGAUCCUCUAUGACUGGAAUACCGACAUGAUCUGCCCGAGGAUUCCAACAGGCCCCUUAGGCGCAACGUCCGGUGAAGGCUCAUUCUGUUAACCGCGGCCUGCAAGCUACCACGAGCUACUUGGAACCCUACUAAUCCACGACUGGUCUAUCGACAUCACCACACGAAGAGGCAAAAACAGACUUACCUCCAUCGCAA